UUCCCUUUGCAGUUCGUCGUUUCCGAGCUACACACAGAAUUCGACCCCCUUUCAGUCGACGUUUGCAGAUUACCGAAGGAGAUCGAAUCCUUCUCAAUUUUAGUCUGCAAGUUGCCGUCCAACCCUAGGCACUCAGAAAUCCUCUCCGGCGAUGGCGAAAUCUCAUCGAUCUCCGGCCACCGGCUCUGCCACAUCGACGGCCAAACCAUCCGUCUCCACCAUGCGGAAACUUAAGCCAGAAGAUAGGCUCAGCGCAUUGCCUGAUGACAUUCUGGUCAACAUUCUCGACCGGCUCAAUGUCCGUGACACCGCAAGAACCAGCAUCCUUUCUAGACGGUGGAGUCACCUCUCCACCGAGCUCUCUCGACUGAUAAUAAAUGCUAAGGACUUUGUGCCUGAGGGUGUGUCAGCCACAAAGAUAUCUGUUGAGGACUUGGUUCAGAUGAAUGCAGUUGCUGUUGAGGCCACAAAUAGCAUACUGACACGCAGAAAUCCAGGUGAACACACCAUUCGCCUGCUGUCCACGACGUUCUAUUUGAGAGAUGAGAUACCCAUAUCCAUUGGACAUGCUGUUGGCAAUGCCAUUCUAACACACAAUAUUGAGAAAGCUGAAAUCACAGUUUUGACAGAGAAGGAAUGCCUGCAGUGCACUGAUGAUGACAUGCUGAACUACGGGGCACAGUUUGUGUCAUUUUUUAAUGAGUGUCCAAAUGCAUUUACCCGUCUGACACGUCUAUGUCUGGAGAAUUUGAGCUUUGUUGAAUCUGACUUCAUCUCCAACAUCCUCGACACCUGCAAACAAUUGAAAUAUUUAGGUUUUAUCAAUUGCAACACAGAGAAUUGGAUAACAUGCCAAGUUGAGCACGCACAACUCAGUGAGCUCAGUUUUAUCGAGUGCUAUUUUGGAAAAAUCGAACUCAAAUGGCUCCCAAGACUCACCCGGAUAACCUUCGAGUGUUGGAUUUGCUUCGUAGAACUACCACUGUCAUUAGGUCAUGUCCCAUUGCUUGAGGUUGUGAGCCUUAUAAAUACUGCUCUUAGUUGGCACGGAAUGGUCAAGUUAAGCACGUUGCUUUUCGGGACCUCUGUACGAGACCUGACCUUGGACUUCAAAUGCGAAAAGAUUUGGGUUCAACCAGAGUGUCUGACCAAACGUUUGGAAUCUGUGUUCCACCGACUAAGUACUGUCAAUCUACUUAGUAUUCCUGAAGGGUAUGAUCUCACAUGGACAAUGUUCAUUCUGGAGGCUGCGCCAUUCCUGAAGGAGCCCUAUAUGACGGUAAUUGAUCAUCCGUGUGAAAUGGAAAUGGAUAAGGAAAAGAGGGUGGAGGGAUUGUUUAGCGAGCAGAAGGGCGUAGAGUGGGAAUCACCAACACCAAAUUUCAAGCACCACCAUCUUACCCAGCUCAUCAUCUUCUGCUUUGAGUGUUGCAUGGUGAGUCAUGUCAGGUGUGUCAUGAAAGCAGCUUUGAACCUUAAGGAUGUGUACCUGUAUAGUAGCCUGGCAUGUAAAUAUUGCAUACACUUGGGACCAAGGCCGUCUACGUUUCCGUUUUCAAUUAAAAAAAGAGCUUCAACAAAGAAGCUAAUUACCCAGGGCAUGGAGUCACAUGCCAAGAUUCACUUCCUGGGGUCUGAUAAAAUGAGCGACUAUCAUACUGCAAGGAUACGGUAG